CGCCCGCCGGGGACACCGGCCGCUCCCGGGGGUCCUUCAUCCCCAGCGCUGGCCCGCGCCGGAGGCGAAGCCCACCUUCGGCCGCUGCUGUGACCGGCCUCCAGCCAGAACGGGGGUCAAGGGAGGCGGGGCCGGGUUUAGAGCCGAGUACGGAGGCGAUGAUCGCACUCGGCUCCGGGGCGAGAAGUUCCCCUGCAAAGAGCUUGGCUGCUGGGAAGCAAAGUUAAAAGUAUGGCGUUUCCUUCCCUCCUCGCCAGAUCUCCUCAGCGUACAAAGCUUUUCCUCCGUCUCCCCUCCAAGCAGCCUCGCAGCCCGAGAGCUGCUGAAAGAGCGCCGCACUCUCCCACAGGAGAGGCUGCUGCGGGGCCGGGACAGGCGGCCUAAGGUCACGGGAAGGCGGCAGGGAAGCUGGUCAGCAAACGGUGUGUGUCACGGCAGAGGAGCUCUCCGGUGCAACCCCGUCUCCUCCCGGCCACCUUUCUCAAGAGCAAGGCAGGACGGAGCAGGAGGAACAGCGGUCACAGACAUCACGCUGUUUAAUAUGCUCUGGGAUCUGCACGUUUUCUGUCAUUGUCAUCAACCCGUCACAGCAAUUCUUUUUGCGGGCAGAGCAAGUCUCACGGUUCCCUUCAUCUUUCAGCCUCAGGAUAACCACCUCCACCUUGCUUCGCUCCAUAAACCCCUCCACUGCUAACUUCUCUCUGCCUUUACACAGCUACAACUCCGUAUCAGCCCCUCCGGCCCGGGUACCCAGCAGACCGCUGAUAAGGCCAAGUGCUUAUCUUCCCGCCCCACCUUCCUCACCAGCAUACUUCGGUACCGGGCAGUCAGAUUUCCAGGAAACAAGAAAGCAAAACACUUCUUCGGGUUUUUAUUUUGAAAACACACUUUAAUAUCCCAUUAUUUAAAUCUGUGGAUCUUCUAAGCGCACGUCCAAGAAGAGCAAAGACACAACGAGCCCCGGCUACACCGAGACCUCCGUCUUCUCAGCGAGCCUUCCGGAGCGGUCCGGCCGAGCCGCGCCGCAUCCCGGCGCCCGCCCCCGCCCAGGCGCCGCCGUGCCGGCCGCCCUUACCUCACGGCACCGCUCCAGGGGACCGGCCCCGCCGCUCCCGGCCGUUACGCCCCGGCUCCCUGCGGGGGAUCGCCCUAGGCCUCACACGCCCAACCCCCGAGGAGUCCCCCAGAGAGGAGGGGGGAGGAGGAGGCGGAGGCGAGCCCUCCCAGUCCCCGCCGGCAGCCGUUGCACAGAGCUCUGAAGAGAUCACUUUCUAGUUAAAGAUGGCUGCCGAUACCUCUGUUGAAAUACUUCAAAAAGUUCUGGAGAAUGAAAUACUUCAGACUACCAAGGUUGUGGAAGAACAUCUGGAUGCUGAAUUGCAGAAGCUGGAUCAAAUGGAUGAAGAUGAAUUGGAAUGCCUUAAACAAAGGAGGCUUGAGGCACUAAAAAAGGCCCAGCAGCAGAAACAAGAGUGGCUUUCAAAAGGACAUGGAGAAUACAGAGAAAUCCCAAGUGAGAGAGACUUUUUCCAAGAAGUAAAAGAAAGUAAAAACGUGGUUUGCCAUUUCUAUAGAGAUACAACUUUCAGGUGCCAAAUAAUGGACAAACAUUUGACUGUAUUGGCGAAAAAGCAUAUUGAGACAAAAUUCUUGAAAUUAAAUGCUGAAAAAUCUCCUUUCUUGUGUGAGAGACUGCGCAUCAAAGUAAUUCCCACUCUAGCACUAGUAAAAGAUGGAAAAACACAAGACUAUGUUGUGGGCUUUACUGAUCUCGGUAACACUGAUGACUUCACUACAGAGACCUUAGAAUGGAGAUUAGGCUGUGCAAAUGUAAUUAAUUACAGCGGGAACCUGAUGGACCCACCUUUUCAAAGCCAAAAGAAAUUUGGAACAAGCUUUACAAAGUUGGAUAAGAAGACCAUCAGAGGAAAGAAAUAUGAUUCAGAUUCUGAUGAUGACUAGAAGAACAGCUAAAUGUAUUUGUAAAUCAUCUUUUGUUUAUGCUUGGUACAUUUCUAAGAAUGUUUUUUAUAAAGCUUACUGCUUUUCAUUACAUCUGCACAUAAUGCUCAUUUUUCUAUACAGUUUUAUACAACUGAGUCAUAGCAGAAAAAAGCUUAAAUAUUUUUUUCCCCUCUUUGGAAGUCAUUUGUAAUCCAAAAAUCUGAGUCCUAACUAAAUAACGUGACAAAUGAUGAACUUUGUCUUAAGUAUAAGUUUAUGAAGUGUUCUGAAGUAACUGUUAGAAACAACUGUACCAAGUCAGACCAAAGGUCCCUCUGGCCCAGCAUCCCGUCUCAGUGGCCAAAAGCAGGUGCACAAGGAAGAGCAAAAACAGGGUGAGCAGAUCGCAACGCUUCCCCAGAAUAUACUUUAAGUAAUGUGUGGCUUGGGGAAAUCCAUAUCUGAGAGCAUUUGCUGGUUAAAAUCAUGGAAGAAGGACUCUUUAAAUCAAUCCUCACAGUGUCCUAGCAUCCACAUCAUGUGGCAAGGAACCCACAGUUUAACUGUGUUGUGUGGAGAACUACUUCUUAUUGUUUUCCUUUAAUCUCAGUUCCAGGUCCUUUUCUAAUUUUCUUAUUAAAGGAGAUGAUAGACACCUCUUUUGAAAGAUUUUCCCCUAUCAGUUCCUCUUCCAGUUGUCUUUUUAAAUUUAUUGGUGCUUACAUUAUCAGUAAAGCACUGCAAAAUGAUUAGUAAAGGAAUUGUGCGUUUUAACGAACGAUUGCUUAUCUUAUGGUGCCAUAUCAUGACAUUGAAUAACUUAACUACAUUGCACUGUAAGUUGUAAAAACAGUCAUAACUUCUGUGAAUUCUGAAACAGAUGGUCAAGAGAAAUGCCCUUUUACCAUCUAUGUAUGCUGCAUGUUAAAGCUGAUACAGCGGGUAAUAGCACAUAGUAACAUAGUAACAAGCAUAUUGAAAACAGCCUUGUUCGCAGGUUUGUAUAAUUCUGUGGUUUUGAAUGUGGGAUUUUAUAGCAGAUGCUUUGUACAAGAGAGUAGAAUAGAGAAGAGUAUUUGGGAGAAACCUUGAUCUGUUAAGUUUAGCUAUAGCGCCGUAUACUGUGUACUGUUCUUCAGUAAUGGACAGAGUUUUCAAGGGAGGUCUUCCUUGGAACACAGCGUAAAAUUUCUGGCUAGGUGAAGAGUUGAUGAGUUUUGUUUUAGUUUAAAAAAAAAAAAAAGUUUGCUGUGUGCUGAAGGACCCUUUUGAGGUGGUACUUUCAAUCCAGUUGGCCCAAAAUGCAGUGAAGUGGGUCUAGUCAGUCUUGCUGCCUUGUAGUGGAGAACACUUGUGAUCAGGCCAGCCCAGCAAUAUAUCUCUGUAACCAAGUUUAAAAAAUGAUACUUUAUUUCUGUUCAUGUACAUUGAAAUAAAAUUAUUUUAAUUCUAA